GAAGAGGAGGAGCAACAGUAAGAAAAGAGAAAUACAGAGAGGCAGAGAGAUCCACACACAUCAGUUAGCAGCUGUGAGAAGACAUAAGAGAGAAAGAGAGAGAAAGACGGAGAGAAUAGAAACAGGCAGGAAGAUAGAAAGACAAGAAGAACCUAAAGAAAAGAAAAAAGAACAAAAACUUUAAGAAGAAAGAGAAGCUGAGGGAGUUGUUGUUGAUUGUCGGCUGGGAGUCAGUCCAACAGACUGCAGAGAGACUUCAGUUUGUUUGACUGAAGUCCAACAUACAAAACCAGUGUGACUGGGAGUCUACUGGGAGGACAGACUGGUUUCCACCACAGUGAGCUGACUGACAAAUACCAUGGCUGACAACAUCAACGAGGAGUCGGAUUAUAACCCGGGGAAAGAUGAGCUGGACUGGGGCUAUGAGGAAGGUGUAGAAUGGGGACUCCAUUUCCCAGCAGCCAACGGGGAGUACCAGUCUCCCAUUAACUUAAACUCCAGGGAGGCUCAGUACGACCCGUCCCUCCUGGAUGUCGGCUUAUCACCAAACUACGUGGUGUGUCGAGACUGCGAGGUCAUCAACGAUGGACACACUGUCCGCAUAAUCCUCAAGUCCAAGUCAGUGGUUACCGGGGGCCCGUUGCCUAGUGAUCACGAGUACGAGCUUCAUGAGGUUCGAUUCCACUGGGGCAAAGAGAACCAGAGGGGAUCAGAGCACACCGUCAACUUCAAGGCUUUCCCUAUGGAGCUCCAUCUGAUUCACUGGAACAGCACACUGUUCAACACUUUGGAGGACGCUCUCGGGAAGAGGAAUGGAGUCCUCAUCAUAGCUCUUUUUGUGCAGAUCGGGAAGGAGCAUCUGGGUCUAAAGGCCAUCACUGAAGUUCUACAGGACCUGCAGUACAAGGGGAAGAACAAGAUAAUCCCUUGCUUCAACCCCAACACUCUGUUACCUGAUCCUUUACUGAGAGACUACUGGGUGUAUGAAGGAUCUCUGACCACGCCACCUUGUAGUGAAAGUGUGACCUGGAUCCUGUACCGCUACCCUCUCACCAUCUCACAGUUACAGAUUGAAGAGUUUCGUAGGCUGAGGUCACAUGUGAAAGGAGCGGAGCUGCUAGAAGGGAAUGAUGGGUUGUUGGGGGACAACUUCCGUCCCACCCAGCCGCUCAGUGACCGGACUGUUCGGGCCGCCUUCCAGUGACUCUCACUUCCACUGCCAACUCAGAAAAACUAUGGGACCUACAGAUACAAGUACAGAAGGUAAGA